CAUCUUGCGUCCCCGCGUGUGUGCGCCUAAUCUCAGCUGGUCCACCCGAGACCCCCUGAGCGCCUACCCUAGUCCCCCGCGCGGUCCCAUUUCCGCUCCAACAAGAUGAAAGAAACUGUCAUGAACCGGGAGAAACUCGCCAAACUGCAAGCACAAGUGCGCAUUGGUGGGAAAGGAACUGCUCGCCGAAAGAAGAAGGUGGUUCAUAGAACAGCUACAGCAGAUGAUAAAAAACUUCAGUUCUCCUUAAAGAAGUUAGGAGUAAACAAUAUCUCUGGUAUUGAAGAAGUGAAUAUGUUCACAAACCAAGGAACAGUGAUCCACUUUAACAACCCUAAAGUUCAGGCAUCCCUGGCUGCGAACACUUUCACCAUUACCGGCCAUGCUGAGACAAAGCAGCUGACAGAAAUGUUACCCAGUAUCUUAAACCAACUUGGUGCAGACAGUCUGACUAGUUUAAGAAGGCUGACUGAAGCUCUGCCCAAACAAUCUGUGGAUGGAAAGGCACCACUUGCUACCGGAGAGGAUGAUGAUGAUGAAGUUCCAGAUCUUGUGGAGAAUUUUGAUGAAGCUUCCAAGAAUGAAGCAAACUGAAUUGAGUCAACUUCUGAAGAAGAUAAAACUUGAAGAAGUUACUGGGAGCUGCUAUUUUAUAUUAUGACUGCUUUUUAAAAAUUUUGUUCAUGGAUCUGAUAAAAUCUAGAUCUCUAAUAUUUUUAAGCCCAAGCCCCUGGACACUGCAGCUCUUUUCAGUUUUUGCUUAUACACAAUUCAUUCUUUGCAGCUAAUUAAGCUGAAGAAGCCUGGGAAUAAAGUUUGAAACAAGAUUAAUAAAGUUCUUUGCCUAGUA